UCCUAUGUGCAUAUAUACACAAACACAACAUCUUCUUUCUCAUUCAAACCAACUUCACCUGCUAGAAUUUCUCUACCCAGAAAUAAGUAGCCAUGAAUAACUACGAGCCCAAUACUUCCCUUAACCUAAGCUUAUCAUCUGGCCGGGUGAUAAACCUAGGACUAGGGUUUGACGCCCCAGCGCCGGACUGGUCGAACCCGCUGCGGGUGUUCUCGUGCAACUACUGCAGGAGGAAGUUCCACAGCUCACAAGCUCUUGGAGGGCAUCAAAAUGCCCACAAAUUGGAGAGAACCCUAGCCAAGAAGAGCCGGGAGUUUAGCUCAGCGGUCCGGUCGCACUCUGGUCCGACCAGCUCGGAACCGGUCCGGGUCAGCGAGCCAGUUUUUGUUAUGGAUCAUCUAGCGCACGUGGGUAGGUUCGAAAGGAGGGAUGUGGUUGGUUAUGGGUAUGGCGGCGAGGAUCAGCAUGUUCAUGUUCGUGAUCAGGAUGAAAUUAGCCAGCUUGAUUUGUCUUUGAGGCUUUGAAUUUGGGCUUUUUAUUCGGCGUAGUAUAUUUUUUAUAUUAGUAAUUUGGUUUUGCUGUUGCAUGUGUGUUGUUUCAUGC